UACCAAAUCCCGACUCCGUCAGUCUGCGAGGUCGCCUCAAGCGUUCAACACCUGUGCGCUAGAAAAACUAGAAUCAAAAAUAUACAUAAAUACCACCCAACCCAACAACCGAUCAGUACUACCAAUUAGCAUUAGCAACUCAUCAAAAGUGAAAGAAAAGUGGCUGAAUAGAGUGAAAAGUUAAGCGGUAUGCAAGUGCAGAACCCAGCCCAACCAGAUGAGCCCAACCCAACCCACAACCCAGUCGAUUGAGAUUCCAAGCGCAACGCAUGCUGCUGUUUUAGCCAAGAGAGUUGCUUGUUUUUGGCCAUAAGUGGGCCGAGAGGAGGAGAGUCGUCUGGAGUGUUUUAGCUGCUUCGAGAGAUCGAUCAGUGGAAAACCAAACAAACAAAAAGAGUUAAAUCGAAAGCAAUCAAAACAAAACAAAAGCGGCUGCCGACCAAGAUGAAUCAAACGCAGGUGAAUAAUUUCCUCAAGUGCUUCCUGCAAAUCGAUGAGCCCGCUGGCCGUUGGACAGCACGUCACGAGGGGGAGGACGACGAUCAUGACCACGACCACGACCAUGAUGAGGAGGAUGAGGAUGGGAGUGGGGUGCUGGUGGCCAAGGUCACCGCCAUGGUGGUGCUGUUCUGCGCCAGCGCCAUCUGCGGCUCCAUUCCCUUCCUGCUGAACCGCUGCUACCGCUGGACGGAGAGCCAGACGAAUGCCCGCUCCGCCAUUGUGGUCAAGUGUCUGCUGUAUUUUGGAGGAGGUGUCCUGCUAGCCACCACGUUCCUGCAUCUGCUGCCGGAAGUCCAGGAGGUCGUCGAGGAGCUGCAGGAGUGCAACAUCAUUGGGGAGCUGACCUUUCCCCUCGCCGAACUGCUCAUGUGCUGCGGUUUCUUCCUCAUGUACUUCAUCGAGGAGGCCAUGCAUACGUAUGUCCAUCACCACCAGAAGGAUAAGGCCGGCGCCGCUUUCGAGCGAGGUCACAGCAUCCGGAAUAGCCACCUGCUGAAACCCACCAGCGAGGGCACCACCACCACCACUCCAACUGCUCCACCGCCACCUUUGCCGGGCACUGCCGAACUGGGAACCCUGUCGGUGCAGAACCUUCUGCAGAGCGAUCUGGAGCAGCAGAAGUUCGCCUCCAAGCCUCAGAACCAGGCCAAUGGACAUGUGCAUAACCACAGUCAUGGUCAUGGACAUGGUCAUAGCCAUCUGCCAGUGAUCGCAGAGGAUGCCUCCGCCGGGGACAUGCUGGCCUCCUCGCUGCGUGGACUCUUCAUCGUUUCCGCCCUCUCACUUCACGAACUCUUCGAGGGCAUGGCCAUUGGCCUGGAGAGCUCUGCCAGCUCGGUGUGGUUCAUGUUCGGUGCCGUCUCCGCCCACAAACUGGUCCUUGCCUUCUGCGUGGGCGUCGAACUGAUCGUGGCCCGCACUCGGAUGACCCUGGCCGUCCUCUAUGUGCUGACCUUCGCCGUGGUCAGUCCCUUGGGUAUUGGCAUUGGAAUCCUGAUCAAUCACGGCCAGGAGACGACUGGACCCAGUCUGGUAUCGGCCAUCCUGCAAGGUUUCGCCUGCGGCACGCUCAUCUACGUAGUGUUCUUCGAGAUCCUCUCCAAGAAUCGAUCUGGUCUGCGCGCCUACUUGGCCCUGUUCGUUGGCUUCCUGGUCAUGUUCGGACUUCAGCAGUUGACUUCCAGUGGCGGACAUGGUCAUAGCCACAGCCACAGCAGCUGCUCGUCGACGGAGGACGCACACGAUCACCAAGAGACUGAGACCAGGUCGAGCUCGGGCAACGCCCACGGCCAUGAGCACGACCAGGAUCACCCAACGCACCACAACCAUGCCGAGGAGCUGGCCACUGUCCACCAGUACGAGCAGCAGCUGCAACUCCUGCGGCAGGUCACCCAAAAGCUGCUUGAAGCACGCCCCAAGAAGGACGCCUAGAUUGUACACUGCCCAGCAGAGAUUUGAUCUAAUUAUUUUAUAUGUAUUUAUGUAGAAAUAAACUGUAAAAAUAAUAUAGUAAAAGUAAAACCAAA